AUUCCCCCUCCCUCCCUCUUUCUUCCUUUCCAUGUGUAUGCACAGGCAACUUGACUGCCAUGUGCUGUGUGGGUGUGAUACACUCUCAGCCUUCCUCAUGUGGUACGGCUGCCGGCUCGUGCCGUUGCUAGAUGUGCCAGCAACCAAGAUGAUGUUUGAAUGUUUGAAGCAGGGAGAUGCCAGCCGGCUUCAAGUCUGCGAGAGGCAAAACCUGCUCCUGGUUGAAUAUAACACAGUCUCUUGUUCUAGUCGGAGUAUCAUGGAACCAGGGGCGUGGACUAGGCAAGGCUACUGGGUCCCCUCGAUGUACCACAGUAUGGCUGGGCAGUACACCCUCUUGGAGAAGCAAGUCAUGUCUGACGUUUCACCUUGCCACCAUUGUCCCAGUUUCCAUGUGCUUCGGGAUUCAACCAACUGGCAUGAUGCCCAAUUUCCAGCUGGCUACAGCCCUCUGAAGCAGGAAGGCCACUGGUUUCCCAGGAAGGGGUGGGGGAAGAGAACAGCCUCUUCCCCAAAGGCCCUAUGGCACCAUAGCCCUUCUUAUGACGGGUACAAUCCAGUUUACCAAAGGGACAUGCACUGGGGAGCCAGCCACACAGACAAGGGUGAUCCCAAAGCCCCGGCACCUGGAGGUUCGUUGGUCAGCUAUAGAUGGAAUCAAGGAGCCUCUGCCAAAAACAGGAAGGAGCUCCCUGCCAGGGCACCUCCAAGCUAUGAAGCUCACAUGCUUCUGCGCCUGCGGGCACAACAGGGCCCACGCAAAGAAAACUGGCCUUGUCCUCCACCUUACCUUCCUCCUCCCUCCUACGAGGCUUCCCACCAUAGAGUGCAGCCCCAGAAACAGGCAGGCAAGUCAGAUUCAGCAGAGAAGCUUAUCCAAACUGGAGCUGCUAAGAAAUACCGAGAGAGAGAAGCAGGCUGUGAGUCAGAGCCCUUGCUUCACACGCCUGGGAGGAAGGCAGGCAAGUGGCAGACUAAAAUGCCAGGCAGCUGGAGCUAUCUUUCAGGGGCCAGAACAUGGGGUGGGCCAAGGAUGCAGCAGGAGAAGACCAAGUCCCCGUCCCAUUUGGCCUCUGACUGGGAUAUUAGUCCCCAACACCGAAGUUACACCCUCCCUCGGGUAAAUAAGAGGCACCAAGUCAUGCCAGUGCCCUGCCAUCCCUCCCAACACAGCCUUCCUGCUGGAUGGGGCUUUAGCCAUGCAGCCGGUUGGUGUAGAUCCAAGCGGGGUGGGAGCAGAGCAAAAGAGAAACAUUGCCAAGAGUUUUUCCCCAGGUGGAAGGAACCAAGCCCUUCCAGGAAACUUGCAGGGAGUCAGCCAGCUUUGUCCAAGUCCAUGCCCCGAAGGCAUGGGGGUCUAUUUGUAAUUGAUGCCACCUGCGUGGUGAUCCAGGCUCACUACAUUCCAUCACCCCAAAUGGAGCAGGUCUGCUACCUGGCUCACGGAGAAGCAGGUACUAUAAAACCCCACACAUCUCCUGGCUCUCCAGGCCCAAACCUAAUGGAGGAACGGGCUGCUCGUAUACUGGGCCUCCCCUUGCAUGAGUUGGAAGUCACAGAGGCAGGGCAGGGAAUUAAUACAUCCAAGAUCCCCAAACUGGAGAACGGUGCUAUACCUGGGGACAGUUCUAGAAGAGAGGAGGUAAAGAGGGUGCCUUCUGCUCCAGACAGUCCUAGGAAAACUUCUGGACCUCCAACCCCAAACCAUUCCCAGGUUAGGCCUGCAGAGCAGGAGCCAACCUACCUGGAGGGGAAAGGGACUGCAGCAUCCCCUUGUCCAAGAAGCCACGGCCUACCACGAAGGAAAGAAAAGCCAGGGAUUUCUGCCCAAAACCAGUCCUAUAUUUGCGAUCUGAAGGAAGCCAUGUUGAGGAUCCGCCGGCACACAGCCCCAGAUUCAGACACAGAUGAGGAGCUAGAGAAGGAGUGCCAGCCCGCCUGUGAGCGACCCUCAUGGGGAGAAAGGUUGAACCAAGAGGUGUUCAUGUGCAGAAGCAGCAGCAGCAGCCUUGACAGUAGCAGCUCCAAUGCCACAGUAGUGCCAGGAAAUGCCACUACUGCCUGGAGACCCAGGCUAGAAACUCCGAGGGCAACUGCAAGCAGGGAGGGGUCAGGUCCAGCCAAGGAAUGAAGACUGCAGAGAAAUGAAGCUCCAACACAGCUUACAUCAGUGAUGGUGAACCUUUUGGACUGCGUGUGUCAAAAAUUCAGCGAAUGCCUAACUGGCAUGUCACUUCCCCCCUCCCAAACAAUUCUCUAUUUCCUCCCCGCCCAUCUAGGCCACUUUGAAGAGCAGCCCUCAGCAGCAACACCAAGGCUGGACCUGAACCUAGGUCUCAACUUCACUCCUAGGGCAAUUGUUGCCCCUCAAAAAGGUUGCCUUGUGCCAUUUCCCAGGGCAUGCUAGCCUAUAGUAAUGGUGCAAUUGCCCCUGUGGCCCAACCAGGGCUUUUUUUUCUCAUAGAACGCCCAGAACGGAGUUCUGGCACCUUUUUUGGGUAGAACCUUGUAGGGUAGGCAAGGCGGGUUGUAUGACAUGUGUGAGUUCCAGCACCUUUUAGCACUGGGCCCAGCACUUCCCAGGGUUUGCUGUACACUGCUUACUUUCAGGCAGACUUUUCUUUCUGUUGACAGGCCCAUGCGCCUCCCGAAGGCUGCUUUGGGUCGUACAAGGCCUUCAUUUUUGAAGCAGCUACAGAAAAUGCUCUUGUGCAGCCUCUGCAGGCUCCAAAACAGCAUUCCUAUUCUCCCACAAUUUCUGGAGGCUCCACAGGCCGCAUGAGGGCACACCCCAUUCUCGUAUGUCCUCCACAGCCACCGAAAAUGCCACAAGAACAAGGCAUGCUUUUGAGAAUAUUUGCUGUGAGGUGUUGAUGAAUGAUGGUGUGUCAGCCAAAACAUUGUGGUGUGUCAUAGGUCCACAAUCACUGAUGUGGACCUUUUCCUUCCAACCCAGCUCCCUCUCCAAAGUGCCUAGUGUCCCCACACCUCUAUCUUCCUUCCUGCAUCCUUUCUGGCAGCUCAGGGACACCACUGCAAUCUUCCCCCUGUCCCCCAAGGGUUAGGACAACAACUCAACAGCCAGAUUUUGGCUCUGCUGCUUGGGAAUUCUGGAGGUCCCGCUACCAAUAUCAUAGGCAGGAAGUGAGUUUCCAAUAAGCUGUGUCCCUCUGCUCCGGUAAGGAAGGAAGUAUCAGAGUCCUUGCCUCAGUAUUCUGCUUGUUUUGUAGCACAACGGCUAAGAAUGGAACCUCCACUGAUAGUAAGCCUCCAAUUGAUGAAUACUAGGGACAACCCAUAGGAAUAAUCACCCUCGGUGUAAUACCUGGAACACCGAUCUUCUCAGGAUCUUCCCGGUCUGGCCUUAGCAGAAGACAAGAGAGAUCCCAGAAAGGAACAGAGAUGCUCAGGUGAGCAUCGACUUUCACUAUGUAGCUAAGAGACCUCCAGGAGGGAAAAGAGCUGUCAGGACUUUACUGCUUUGCAAUGUCUGUAGAGUUAUUGCUAGAGAAGCUGUACGUG